UAGAAACUUUGCUAACGUGGCUUUUCUCAGCCUAUAAAUGCUUCUCUAACUGCAUCAUUUUCAAGCAUUACACUUGCAUCAUUCCUAUCCUCCCAAUCUGAAAAAGUCUAUUACCUUCAAUUCUCUCACAAUGACCAAGUGGUUUUCUGGUAAAAUAGCAGCAGUUAAAAGGUGUAAGGAAGCUCUUUCUGGCGGUUCUGUAGUUGGGGCAUUCAUGGUAGCUGUGGAGAGUGUUCUUUUUGCUGCAUUUACCUGCAUUUUGAUCCUAGGAGGGUCAAUAAUAGGAACAAUUGCUGGAGCAAUCAGAGGCCAGACUACAGAAACUGGUUUUCUUGAUGGGGCUGGCAAAGGAGCCAUCACAGGGGCAAUUGCAGCCAUAGAAUUGACAAAUUUUGGUGCUGUUGAUGAGUCAUUUUUCAAGGUUGCCCUGUUAAGCAGUUUAUUUAAUGGGAAAGUCUUUAUGGAAUUGAUAUGUCCUACUGUUGCACAUGCCUAUCAGUUGCAUAUCAACACACCAGAAACAGCUUACGGAGGAGUAUCUGAUAUUUAUGAUAUCAAGGGAGUGAAAGGGAUGCCCCAGAACUUCAUUCUGAAGCUUCCUUUCCACCGGUUCAACUCCAACAAAAUAAUGAAACUAUGCAAUAAAUCUUGCUGCUCAAUUUGCUUCCAGGAUUUUGAGGAUGAAGAGCUAGUCAGAAUACUUCCUAAAUGUGGCCACAUUUUUCAUUUAGAAUGUAUAGAUAAGUGGUUAGUCCAACAAGGAUCAUGUCCCAUGUGUAGAACUUUUGUUUCUGAUUACCAUAUUCAUGAAUAAUAGCGUUUUUGUCAUUUAUUUGUGAACACGUAAGACAUUUUUUGUGCAAAGAAAAGAAAAAUUUAAGGCAA